CCGUUCGUGCACGCACCGCUCGGACUCCUGCUCCGUGUCGAACACACCCGCCGCGCAGUCGCCUCAAAUUCGGGCCGGGCGCCGCCGCCGACGGACAGAAAGCGCACUGCGAUCUCUCGAGAUUCCCGCGCUCCGCUUCCGUUCCCUUCCCCGUCGUCAGUAAUGGCGGCACAGGAGCGCUCCGUGGUCCUCCCCGUGCGCGCGCUCGACGGCCGCGCCACGUCCGUGCGCCUGCCCGCCACGGCCUCCGUGCGGGACCUCAAGGCGGCGCUGCGUGUCUGCUUCCCGCCCGCGCAGGCCGCACCGGCCUUCCACCUCUUCCUCCGCGGCGGCAAGCUCCUCCUGGACGCCAAGCUCGCCAACCUCUCACUCGCCCGCGGCGAGUUCGUGUCCCUCAUCCCCUUCACCGCCAAGCCCGCCGCGCCGCCGACGGCGAGCGCCAAUCCGAACCCACGUGCCGGCCCCGCCGUGUUCCCCGCGGCCAAAAGGAGUAAGCUUUCUUCGUCCUCGAUGUGGCGAGGGGAGGAUGUGUACGCCAAGAUCGCCAGGGUGCCCGUCCACGACCCGGCCUCGCCGUCCUUCUACUGCCACGGCGUGGAGCCGCUGGACCCUGCUCGGAUGGUGGAGCACCUCAAGCAGGGGAUCGGGAAGCACGGCCAGAUCAGGCAUGUCCAGGAGAUCCCCGGCCGGGAGGCGUCCUUGUGCCCGCUCCCGUCUCACCUCUCGCAGCGCACCAGGGACGCGCUCAGGACCAUCGGAGUGACGAGGCUGUACAGCCACCAGGCCCAGGCCAUCAAUGCCGCCGCCUCCGCCUCCGGCAAGAGCAAGCACGUGGUGGUGUCCACCUCCACGUCCAGCGGCAAGUCCCUGUGCUACAACGUCCCCGUGCUGGAGUCCAUCUCGCGUCCCGCCGCGGCGUCGUGCGCGCUCUACAUCUUCCCGACCAAGGCGCUGGCGCAGGACCAGCUCAAGACGCUGCUGGGGAUGAUGAAGGGCGCCGACGGCGGCGAUCUCGGCGACGGCGUCGUCAGCAUCUACGACGGCGACACCCCGAUGAAAGACCGCGCGAGGAUCAGGGACGGCGCGAGGCUGCUCAUCACCAACCCGGACAUGCUGCACGUCUCGAUCCUGCCGUGCCACGCGCAGUUCCGGCGGAUCCUGUCCAACCUCGAGUACGUCGUCGUCGACGAGGCGCACUCCUACAGGGGCGCCUUCGGCUGCCACACCGCGCUCAUCCUCCGGCGGCUGAAGCGCGUCUGCGCGGACGUGUACGGGAGCCACCCGACCUUCAUAUCCUGCACGGCGACACUGGCGAACCCCCGGGAGCACGUCACGGAGCUCGCCGGCCUGGAAGGCGACGAGGUCGAGCUCGUCCAGAACGACGGCAGCCCGUGCGGGCCCAAGCACUUCCUCCUGUGGAACCCGUCGGUGUCGAGGCAAGGGAGGUGCCCGAGCGCAGCACAGGAGGUCUCCCACCUCUUCGCCGAGAUGGUCCAGCACGGGCUCCGGUGCAUCGCCUUCUGCAAGACGAGGAAGCUCUGCGAGGCCGUGCUGGCGCGGGCGCGCGAGAUCCUCGAGAAGACCUCGGCGGAGCUCGCGGACUCCAUCUGCGUCUACCGCGGCGGCUACGUCGCCGAGGACCGGAGGAGGAUCGAGGCCGGGCUCUUCGGCGGGACGCUCCGCGGCGUGGCGGCGACGAACGCUCUCGAGCUCGGGAUCGACGUCGGCGGCAUCGACGCGACGCUGCACCUCGGGUUCCCGGGGAGCAUGGCGAGCCUGUGGCAGCAGGCGGGCCGAUCCGGGCGGAGGUCGAAGCCGUCCAUCGCCAUCUACGUCGGCCUCGACGGCGCGGUGGACCAGUACUUCAUGAGCUUCCCGCACAAGCUCUUCGGCAAGCCGGUGGAGCACUGCCAUGUCGACGCGCGCAACCGCAAGGUCCUGGGGCAGCACCUCGCCUGCGCUGCUCUCGAGAAGCCGCUGUGCCCGGAGCACGACGAGAGGCACUUCGGUCCCGGCAUGGACGCUGUCAUGGCGACCCUGCGAGAUCAGGGCCACCUGACGAACACCAGCAACAGUCUGGAUCAUCAUUCAGGCGUGUGGAAGUACGUCGGGCCUGACAAGAACCCUGCUCGCACGGUGAGCAUACGAGCGAUCGAGCACGACAGGUACAAGGUGGUCGACAAGCAGGGCUACCGGCGGGUGCUGGAGGAGAUCGAGGAGAGCAAGGCUUUCUUCCAGGUGCACGAAGGCGCCGUGUACAUGCACCAAGGUGUCAGCUACUUGGUGGAGAAGCUCGAUCUGUCGUCGAGGACGGCGUACUGCCGAGCAGCACCUGAUCUCAAGUACUACACCAGAGUUCACGACGUCACCGAGAUCAACAUCCUCCAAGUCGACGGCAAUGGCGAUGGAAUUGCUACCGGUGAUGAAAAUGCAUCAUCAUCAUCCAGAGGCAGAGCUCGAUCAAGCGAUUGCAGGGUGACGACGGAAUGGGUGAGGUUCGACAGGAUAUGGAGAUCGAACGACCAGAUGUCCGACAGCAUCGAGCUGAACCUGCCUCCGUACUCCUUCCACACACAGGCGGUCUGGGUGAGCGUUCCCGUAGCGGUGAAGGCGGCCGUGGAGCAGAGAGGCCUGGGGUUCGACGGCGGCGUGCACGCGGCGUCGCACGCGCUGCUCAGCGUCCUGCCGCUGCGCAUGAUUUGCGCCGCCUCCGACCUCGGGACGCGGUGCGCCGCCGCCGCGGCGAGCGGAGGCGGGAGCGGGAGCGGAGCUCCGGGUGAUGGUGGUGAUAGCGCGCCCGGGGUCCUGCUGCUGUACGACAAGCACCCCGGCGGCAUCGGCCUGGCGGCGCAGGUGGAGCGCCUCUUCGGCGAGCUGCUGGUGGCGGCCCUGCAGCUCGUCUCGGCGUGCGGCUGCGCCGGCGCGGAUGGAUGCCCGAGCUGCGUGCAGUCGUUCGCGUGCAGCGGGCACAACAGGAACCUGGAUAAGCAGGCGGCGGUCAUGAUUCUCAGGGGAGUGAUUGAGAACGAGAGCGGCGGCUGCGGCGGUUCUCGGCGGAGGUGAUGAUGUGCAAGAUCGAGAGCCGCGAGACGGCAUGCAUGGCUAAGCCAUGGAUAGCGUUCUUUUCUUCAUCAGGCAUUGUUUAGUUCACCCAAAAAUCAAAAAAAAAAUUUAAGAUUUCUCGUGACAUCGAAUCUUGUGACACAUGCAUUAAACAUUUCCACUAUAAUUGAAAACUUCUUGGGCCGUUAGACCCGACAAA